CGCUCUUAAACCCUAGCAUGAGGUCGUACAGUAUGUAAUUUCCUCAAAUAUUUAAGAUCAUAGACGUAAUCAAUCAAUAAAAGUUGCAUGCAUUAAGACAUUUCGAAAAAGGAUGCUCAUCAUUAAACUAUCAUCCAAUGUCUUGUCUUAAAGCGUUCCGGCCGGUUUUUUUCUGCGACUUUGGUGCAUUAUUAUCCUUAUAAAGAAGGUUAUAGCACUAUGAGACUUCUCUCGGAGAAUUGAAAACUUACUCGACAACCUUGAUUAUUAUAAUACACGAAGGAGCUAUGAAUCAAGGAAAGGCCAAUAAACCGUGCUCUGUACAAUUACAAGGAUACGUCCAACACAAGACAAAUACUCAUCUCAUAUAAAAGACACCUUCUUCGUAAACUCGGAGCUUUUUCAGUUUGGGAUAAUCCAACAGUGGUCACACAUAGUCACAGCGUCACUGGGAAUAUUCAGCUCCGUAGUGAGCGGAAUAAGCAUAAAUUACUUUGUCGUAUUGCAUAAAAUUUAAAUAAAAAUAUGAAGUUCAUCAAAGUAUUGCCCUUAAUAGUGGGUGUUUUAUCCGUGUUUGCCAUUGUGGAAGCUACAUUUAUAACCGCUGCGGUAGGGACUGGCUUCAUCGGCGGAUUUGUAAUGGGGAAAAUUACGCUGGGAAUGUUUCUUGCUGCAAUGGCCUCACUUAACCAAGCACCUGCAUCUGGACAAGGAUCCUCACCGACAAAAGUUGGAACCAGAGGCCAACUGGACAUCCCAAGUGCUUUAGAAGUAGAAGUUCGAAAUCGGUUCCUUCGUCAAUUGGGCGAAAUGGAUCCACUGAACUGUUUGCCAAAGGUAUUUUGUGAAGUUAGUGCAGACCCGCAAUCGGCGAAAGAAGUAUUCGGGGCAGAUGCUACAAAACUCCUGUCUCAUUCUUCCCUGUUCAAUCCAUCAUCACCUAAUAAGGACAAUAACGAUCAAGGAGAUGAUAUCGGGGACAAUGACGACUCUUCCCAAUCCGAUGAAGACGAUAAUGGUGACGAACCUGUCGCCGAUGACGAGGAAUCAAAAAUACAGGCAUAUGAACAGAAAGAGAAGGAAAUGAUGAAAACCAAGGGGGAAGAACAGCUUCUUGAUGACUAUGAAGAUCCCAUAAGCUACUAUUUUUAUCUUAAGGAAAAAAAGAAGCCGAUUCAUCCAGGAUUAAUGACGUAUAUUAAAGAAGGUGAAUUUGCCUCCCGUCGAAGUUUCGUCAAACAACCACCAAGCGUAGCCAUGUUCCGCAAGAGAAUUGAUUCGCUGACAACAGCAUCGACUCCAAGGAUAACUAGUCCCACCACCAAAAUGACAACCACAAACUCCCCACGUUCCGACCCCUUUGCAGACGACCCAUUCUUUGAAGAGUUUUCCAGGAGCGUUCACCGACCGAUCGUUGGGGGCGGAAGCGGUGGGGUAGUGAAUGUAGGGUUGCUCAGAAGAAACCGACGCGAUACCUUUGGAUCAUCUACUGAGGACGAUGUCACAAUAAACAAGUAUAAAAUUGCAGCUGAAGUAGCAGAGACAAAAAAUCCUGAAAAAUGUAGAAAGGUGUUUAACCAAUGUCCUUUCACUGCAAAGGAGGUGAUGGACAUGAUCUCAAAGUUGAAUGCAGAAGAUGAAACGUCGGCUACAGGGAAAAAGAACAAAACAGCUAAUGCUGAUAGUGGGCUGAUAAACUUAAAAAACACACUCUUCGCGAUUGAAAAACUGAAUGACGCCACAUUUGUUGCAGAGGCAUUGGGUCAGCCAGUCAAUUACACGCAGGUUAUGCAAAACGCCACGCGAUUGAAUUCAAAAUCAACAGUGUCUCCUGGGUCUUCAAACAUUUUAAAAGAAUUUGAUAACCUUGAAGAACAAUUUACUGCCCCUCAACAAAACUCUUUGGAAGAUGAUGAGAUUCAAGCAGCACUGCCUGCAUUUCCCAAAGGAAAGUUGAAGCCAACUAAAAAGAAGACGAAGAAUAAGCAAAAAGAAUCAGUACGAAGACGAAGACACGAUGACGACAAAUCUCGAAUUCGCAUUCUUUCAUAUGAAGAAAUGCGUAGUAUCAGAGACAAAAUUCGAAGCCCACGUGUUUCUGCAAAACAACAAAACGGGAAGCUAGCAUUACCAGGAGACCGUGACGAUGAAUUUCUUGGAGAGUCAGGGGAACAUCUAGUACCCGCAGUUGGUCGAGGACACAGAUUUCAAGCCGAUGAGGAUUCUGAAGAGGAUGACAUUUCUCCAGAAAUAAAACUUCCAAACGUAUACAUAGGACAGAGAAAGCCGGUGCAGCAGCAGUCCAAACCAAUGAGAAGACCCCAAAGUAAUGUUGCUGAUUCAAGUUCCAAAAAGAAGGUACAAGUUUUGCACAGUGAACAAGAAGACGAUGAAUUUAACUCUCCAGAGUCGGAAGAAGUAACAACUGCCGCUGUACAAGUGCCUGGCCUGACAUUCAGCCAAACAUUUAUUGACACCCUUGGAACGCCAAGUCUUCAUAAACCAAAGCGAAAACCAGUUCACAAGGUGGUGAAAGUAAAACCUCAAGCUCUACGUGCAACUACAAUUAAACCAUCCUCAACAACUGCAUACACAAAAAGACCUUCAAAAAUAACCACCUCACUUCCAAAAUUAAGACAAAAAUACUCUGGAGAAUCCGAAGAUGAUGAAGAAGACGCCAUGAAUACGGAAAAGAAGAUUGAUGUUUUGGUCUCUAAAUAUAAGCCACGUGAAAAGUCGCACUGAUUAUAAUUCAAUUUAAUUUAUGAAUUACCUGACUUAUUUAUUAUAUAUUAAUUUAAUGGCUGUCGCUGCAGUUGAACUUUAUAGAACUGAGAUUUAAAUAUUGAAAAAAUCAAAAGUGAAACGAAAACCAUUUUUAUUUAUAUUUCCUUUAAAAAAUUGUAAUAGUUUGUUGUAAAGUUUGAAUUAUUAUUAGUGAGGAUUGAUCAUCAAUAAUUAAUUAGUUUAAUCAUUAUCUUUUUCGUCUGCCUUAAAAUCUUGCUGCCAAAUAAACUCUUGUUUAUAACUUGGA